AUUAUUUCAUAGCAGUCCUAUCGUGAAGACGGUAAAACGGCGUAACUAUGGUAGGAUAUUCAGUUCUUUUCUUUUUUACGUUAUUUGCUAGUAUAAUUGCAUCUAAAAAACAUGUCUCGCCACCUCAUUGUACAGUGGUCACGAAAGAUACUGACUACACGUCAAGAUUUAAGUUAAGUUAUCCUGCCGCCUAUCUAAUACCAGGGCAACGCGAGGCUUAUCAGCAGAUGUUCUGCUUAAACCCGCCGACCGUCAAUAAGGCGGUUACAACGGUCUGCGACUGGGUCGCUCCACCUCAGGUCCAGUUCACCCUCGGCGAUGAGUACAUGCACGUGGUCCGCCAAGACCCAUCAGGCCGGUACCAAGGGAACGCUGUCAUCAUCACCUACCAGCUCUGCGGACAUAACAAUAUGUCACAUGUCGAAUUAACUGGUGACAACAGACCCAUCGUUACUGAUGCUGUUAAUUAAAUAAAAUAUUAUGAUCA